UUAGGGUGACUGACCGACGCACUGACCGUCACAGAUCCCAAGGCAAUGGCUGCCCUUACGUCUUCCUCGCGCACAUGCUCAUGUCGGUCAUUGUUCCUCGCGCUGGGCACGAAAGGCCUUGCCUUUCUCGUCUUAUUGACCAUGGCUACGGUGAUUGGAAUGCAUGCCAGCAUCGGACAUGGGCAAGUGUCGAGGUCCCGCAGGCUAUGGCGGUCCUUAGAGAUGGAGCCUUCUGUUGACAUGGUCGGUUCUCCGCUUCCGUCGGCGAUGGCCAACUACCCUGACCACAGGAGAGAAUUGCUCAUUAUUACGGCGACGUAUCUGGACAGCAAGCUCCUCACUCUGCAAAGGGAUGUGCUGGAUACCUUUCCUUGUGCAGGGUGUUACAUACCGGCUCUCCUUCUGUCCCCCGAUGACAGCACCUUAUUCUUCUCGCAGCAAGUGACCCAUAACCGGAGUGUGAUACGUAAACUUCGUCACACGUCAUCCACUUCCCCUCCCUCGUCCUCACCAUCUCAAUCAUUCACAAGCCAUGAUCUGACUGAUCUCACAUCCCUGGGAGGUGAUGGUCGGUCGUUCGCUUCACUUGAGUCGUUGACGUUGGAGGACGACCUAUGGAUUCUCGCGGGCGUCAGCACUGGCGGGGGCAUUUGGAAAGUAAACACGUCCAGUGGAAUGACAUCAGAUUUCAUUCCGAAUGUCACUUCUCCUGCGUACGGGAUGGUCAUGCACACAAUGAAACCUACUGUCUUUGCGGCCGUCUCUACUUCCCGUCUUCUCACCAUCCCUCUCGUCGAAGGACACCUUCAGCAGUCCGAAGACAGCUUGCUGCUUGCCGGUGGGAUGGAAACCGGCUUUGCUUCCCCCUCCGAUAGGUCGCAGGUUCGAUUCAAUCAUCCGCGCAUCAGUCCACGAUCCAUUUCAUCCAACGGAACUUUCCUGUACGUCGCCGAUACCGACAACUCAGCCGUGAGGCGUGUGGCUACGGACACUGGCGCUACUACCAACCUCGUCCUCACUGCAUUCAACACGUCCUGGGAUGUUCCUCAUUUCCCCUUAUCCACAGCAUUGACGUCUGAUGACUGCAACCUUUUCGUCGUCGGAAGGGUCGUCUCUGAUGACAGUAUAAUCAUCAGACUGCUAUCCUUUGAGACACCAAACGGGAGGGUGAAGUUCAACAAAACCGUGGCGAUAAUCAAAGACAGCUCUUUGCCUGAUGUUAUGUACCCCACGGCACAGGGUAGUGUGAGUAGUCCUGUUAACUCGUUGCCUGCGAUGAAAGAAUCGUCUCGUCUGAUGGAGCCUUCUGCUGACAUGGACGGUUCUCCGCUUCCGUCGGCGAUGGCAAACGACCCUGACCACAGGAGAGAAUUGCUCAUUAUUACGGCCACGCAUCUGGACAGCUCGCUCCUCGCUCUACAAAGGGAUGUGCUCUACAAUUUUCCUUGCGCAGGGUGUUACAUCCCGGCUCUCCUUCUGUCUCCCGAUGACAGCACCUUAUUCUUCUCGCAGCAAUUAGAGCAAAACAGGAGUUUUAUAAUAAAAGCGCAUCCCAUGUCAUCCUCCUCCCCGUUGUUGACUAAUCUCACAUCCCUGGGAGGCGAUGGUCGGUCAUACGCUGCAAUUGAGACUUCAGCGAACAGCAGGUGGAUCCUUGCGAGCGCCAGCGAUGGCGGCGGCAUUUGGAAAGUGGACACGGCCCUUGGAAUGAAGGCAGAUUUCAUUCCGAAUGUCACUUCUCCGGCCUACGGGAUGGUCAUUCAUCCAAUCACACCAACCAUCAUUGCGGCCGUGUCGCCUUCCCGUCUUCUCACGAUCCCUCUCGUCGAAGGACCCCUUCCGUAUUCUGAAGAAAGCUUGCUUCUUGCCGGUGGGAUGGAAACCGGAUUUGCUUCACCCUCCGAUAGGUCGCAGGUUCGGUUCAAUCAUCCGCGCAUCAGUCCACGAUCCAUUUCAUCCGACGGCAAUUUCCUGUACGUUGCCGAUACGAACAACUUGUCCGUGAGGCGUGUGGCAACGGACACUGGCGCUACUACCAACCUCGUCCUCACUGCAUUCAACACGUCCUACGAUGUUCCUCAUUUCCCCUUAUCCACAGCAUUGACGUCAGAUGACUGCAACCUUUUCGUCGCCGGAAAGGUCGCGUCUGAUGAUAGUAUAAUCAUCAGACUGCUCUCCUUUGAUGCUCCAAACGGGAGGGUGGCUUUCAACAAAACCGUGGCGACCAUCAAAGACAGCUCUUCGGCGUCUUUGCCUGAUCUGAUGUCGCCUGCGAUGAAAGAAUCGUCUCUUCCAAUGAUACGACCAUCGGCCGUUGAAGUAGUGGCGCAUCAUCAGAGGAGCAGAGCUGGUGAGAAAUAUGUGGUUGGGGGCAACAUUAACAAGGGUACGACAGUGCUUGCCUAUCUCGUCUUAUUCACCAUGGCUACGGUGAUUGCAAUGCAUGCCAGCAUAGGACACGAGCAAGUGUCGAGGUCCCGCCGGCUCUGGCGGUCCUUACAGAUGGAGCCUUCAGUUGACAUGGACGGUUCUCCGCUUCCGUCGGCGAUGGCAAACGACCCUGACCACAGGAGAGAAUUGCUCAUUAUUACGGCGACGUAUCUGGACAGCUCGCUCCUCACUCUGCAAAGGGAUGUGCUGGAUAACUUUCCUUGCGCAGGGUGUUACAUACCGGCUCUCCUUCUGUCGCCCGACGACAGCACGUUAUUCUUCUCGCAGCAACUAGAGCAAAACAGGAGUUUUAUAAUAAAAGCUCAUCCCAUGUCAUCCUCUUCCCCGCUCUUGACUAAUCUCACAUCCCUGGGAGACGAUGGUCGGUCGUACGCUGCACUUGAGACUUCAGCGGACAGCAGAUGGAUUCUUGCGAGCGUCAGCGAUGGUGGCGGUAUUUGGAAAGUGGACUCCGGCCUUGAAAUGAUGACGUAUUUCAUUCCGGAUGUAACUUCUCCGGCCUACGGGAUGGCCAUUCACCCAAUCACACCAACCAUAUUUGCGGCCGUGUCGCCUUCCCGUCUUCUCAUGAUCCCUCUCAUCGAAGGACCCCUUCGGUAUUCUGAAGAAAGCUUGCUUCUUGCCGGUGGGAUGGAAACCGGCUUUGCUUCCUCCUCGAUUGGGUCGCAGGUUCGAUUCAACCAUCCGCGAAUCAGUCCACGAUCCAUCUCAUCCAACGGCGCUUUCAUGUACGUGGCCGUUACGGACAACCUAUCCGUGAGGCGUGUGGCAACGGACACUGGCGCUACUACCAACCUCGUCCUCACUGCAUUCAACACGUCCUACGAUGUUCCUCAUUUCCCGUUAUCCACAGCAUUGACAUCAGAUGACUGCAACCUCUUCGUCGCCGGAAGGGUGGCGUCUGAUGAUAGUAUAAUCAUCAGACUGCUCUCCUUUGAUGCUCCAAAUGGGAGGGUGAGGUUCAACAAAACCGUGGCGAGAAUCGAAGACAGUUCUUCGGCGUCUUCGCCUGAUCUGAUGUCGCCUGCGAUGAAAGAAUCGUCUCGUCUUGAUGUGGCCAUUUCAACGACACUUGCAUUGUAUCGGCAGGCUGGCGGCUGUUCCAAUCCAAUGAUACGACCACCGACCGGUGAAGUAGUGGCGCAUCAUCAGAGGAGCAGAGUUGGUGAGAAAUAUGUGGUUGGGGGCAAGUUAGGCAACAUUAACAAGGUGUCGAGGUCCCGCCGGCUAUGGCGCUCCUUACAGAUGCAGCCUUUGGUUGACAUGGUCUGUUCUCCGCUUCCGUCCGCGAUGGCAAACGACGCUGCCCAGAGGAGAGAAUUGCUCAUUGUUUCGGUGUCGUUUCUGGACAGCUCGCUCCUCACUCUGCAAAGGGAUGUGCUCGAUAAUUUUCCUUGUGCAGGGUGUUACAUCCCCGCUCUCCUUGUCUCUCCCGAUGACAGCACUUUAUUAUUCUCGCAGCAAGUGGCUGAUAACGUGAGUGUUAUACGAAAAGUGAAUCUCAUGUCAUCCACUUCCCCGUCCUCGUCUUCAUCUUCCCUUUCCAGUCUCACAGCCCUGGGAGGCAAUGGUAGGUCGUUCGCUGCACUUGAGACCUCGGAGGACAGCCGAUGGAUUCUCGCAAGCGUCAACGAUGGUCGCGGCAUUUGGAAAGUAGACACAGCCCUUGGAAUGAGAGCGGAUUUCAUUCCGAAUGUCACUUCCCCAGCCUACGGGAUGGUCAUGCACACAAGCACACCGACCAUCUUUGCGGCCGUGUCAUCUUCCCGUCUUAUGAUGAUACCUCUCGCCGAAGGACCCCUUCCGUAUUCUGAAGAAAGCUUACUUCUUGCCGGUGGGAUGGAAACCGGCUUUGCUUCCUCCUCGCUUAGGUCGCAGGUUCAAUUCAACCAUCCGCGAAUCAGUCCACGAUCCAUCUCAUCCAACGGCGCUUUCCUGUACGUGGCCGAUACGGACAACUUAUCCGUGAGGCGUGUGGCAACGGACACUGGCGCUACUACCAACCUCGUCCUCACUGCUUUCGACACGUCCUACGAUGUUCCUCAUUUCCCGUUAUCCACGGCAUUGACAUCGGAUGACUGCAACCUUUUCGUCGCCGGAAGGGUAGCGUCUGAUGAUAGUAUAAUCAUCAGACUGCUAUCCUUUGAUGCUCCAAACGGGAGGGUGGCGUUCAACCAAACCGUGGCGAGAAUCAAAGACAGCUCUUCGCCUGAUGCUAUGUACCCCACGACACAGGGUAGUGUGAAUAGUCCUGUUCACUUAUUGCCCGCGAUGAAAGAAUCGUCUCGUCUGGUGCUUACCCGGAUGGACGCAUACUUAUACCUCAGCACACCCAACGGCCACAUUUAUGAAUUCCAAGUCAACCGCAGCGCGCUGCACAAAUGCAGCGCCUUCGACCCAGCGAGCCCCCCUGGAUUCAACCACUUCUCGUAUUCCUCUGUGGUAACCCCGUUGACUGCACCGUCUCCGCCUUCUGUGAUCGAUUGUGGUCUCACCAAUGGACGAUACAAAAAAGGAAAGGGAGGAGGAAGGGUGAAGAGGGAGACGGAGACGGAGGGGUUGUCGUCCGAUCCCUCACGGUCACCUGGGUCAUGAAUAACUUACGAGUAGUCCGACUUGGUUGCCCCCUUGUCAGGGUGUUGUAAACCAACGAGGCAUUGUGGGGCAGGAUGGAAGCAUCAAGACGCAAAGAGCACAACCAGACUUAUGCUUGCAACUCUUUAGUGGGUCGAUUCUUGCAGAACAACUUACAGAUUCCAUUUCUCCCGACAAUGUAUGCCUUCCGUCUCGCUGAUGUUACCUCUCUCUCUCUCUCUCUCUCUCUCUCUCUCUCUCUCUCUCUCUCUCUCUCUCUCUCACACACACACACACACACACACACACACACAAAAACAAACAAACACCAACUCU